AUGCGGCGGCUGAAUUUGAGAAUUCAGAAGAUGAUAAGAUCAAAAAUCGAUAGUGCGAGUUACAAUAUUCCUCGACGAAGUUGGCUGAUCUCCAUCACCUACCUGUUGAUCAGCUCAACAGCGUGGGUGGUUCAGGCUGGAAACCGACAGGAGUAUCAAUAUAGAGAUGAAGCUAUUGAGAACAAACUAAUUUGCGCUGGUAAAUUAGCCGACUAUGCCGCUUGUCAAUGUGAUCCAUCCGCCGGCGACUACUCGUGCAUCAAUGCUCAAUUUGUGGACGCAAAUGUCUUUUUGGAUAUUUCCACUAAUUAUAAAUACAUCAAAAGUGUGACAUUCCAUGGAAACAAUUUUCAAGAUCUUACGUCUACUCCAUUAUUUGGUUCGGAUUCUCAAAACAGUCUUAUCAAGCUAAACCUUUCUGCUAAUUACAUUGUAAACUUGAAUAGCAAUGCAUUACGGAAUAUGCCGAAUCUUCAAGUUUUGGAUAUUUCAAACAACGAAAUUGUAUUCAGACCAAGGGACGUCGAUUUUUUGACGCAUACACCACAUUUGACGCAGCUCUACAUGCGUCGUGCCUUUACUGUCACCAUGAACCGUACUCAACAGUUUGACCUUAUGCUAGAAAUGUUCCGACAAGCCAAACUCGAGUACCUCCAGGUCCUUGACUUAUCCUACAACUUCAUCCAUAACGUUCCAUUCGAGAUCGGCUGCCCAUUCCCGGCACUCCAAACUCUGGAUCUCCGUCAGAAUUUCUUGAAGAAUUUUAUCGUCAACGAAACUUGUAUCAAGGAUGUGAAAACGAUCAAUCUUAGCAGAAAUCAAUUCUACGUGAUCCCUGACGAUUUCCGUGCCCUUGCUAACAAAGCUCAACCCGAAACGUUUUUGCUCCGGAAUCAAUUUUACUGCGAUUGCAACUCCAAAGAUUUCAUAACUUGGCUACGUUCGACCAAAUCGGUACGCGAAAAGAACAGUCUAGUAUGCGACCGAGCAAGUCCCAAGAUGUAUAUUGGAGCACGGAUCGCAGAAGUGCCAUUGAACAAGCUGACCUGCGAUGAGCCUCUAUUUACAAGCCACGCCUACUCAAAUUUUGCAAAUUUCCUGAUCCUAGCUUUUUGUCUGGUUCAGAUCUUUUAA